UUUGAGGUAACAGAAAGUUUGUUGACCGUUAACCACCACACGGUCAGACAUCCAACCCCUUUUUAAUUCUUUUUUUACAGCUGGGCAUUGGUGGGCCCCACCAAGCCCCGAGAUGGGUCGCUCGAGUUCUGGAGCGACAUGGCCGUUGAUCGGCACCGGAGAAACUCAUCCUGGUCUUCGAGUUCGUCGCCGAAAAGGUACUUCGAAAUGCCGAGAUCCGAAAUUCCCAAAUGGGUCUAGGACUCUAGGUGCAGAUUGAACAAAUCGGGUCGGUUCUGAGAUAAGGCGGGUGGGACGAGACCGAUAUAUCAGACAUCGUCCACGUCUCAGCUUCAAGACUUUUCGGAGACGAAAUGGUUUUGCUGGACAAUCAAGCUGUCCUCGAUGCGCUUCUUCUCAAAGCCGACCGGUUCUCAGAAUCUUUUCGGAAAACUAGUUGGAGCUGCGAAGAGAUCUGGGAUGCUUCAAGGUUUGAUUUAAGACCGAAGAAGGAGAGAAAACCGGCGAAGAAGUUUCUCGUCUGAACACGUUGAAAAAAUCGAAAAACUGGCAAAAUCGAUUUCUCGGUGGUAGUACGCGUCGAGAUUCCUUUUUCUUUUCUCUUUAUUUUUUAUUUUUUAAAAGAAAUUUCUCAAGUUCUCGAAUUUGGAGAUUUCACUAUUUUAGAUAGAAUAUUUUAAAAAUUACGCAGAAACGCAUUAUACCAUACGAAGAAUGCAUGAAAAAUAGAGAGUUGAAAUUACGUGAUUGUUCAUAUGUAUAAGUAAUAAAUGAAAAAUGCAAUA